AGCACAGCUGACGUAAACGCGUUACGUCAACAGGAAACACGAUGGAAACAGAAAUACAACAACAACAACAACAUCACGCUCUCGGUUAGCUUUGUGUAAAUCCUGUUAACGCGGACUGACUUUAAGUUUGUCUCAUCAACAGUUUUUAUCUCGCAGUUUUACCUGUAACUAAGCUAUUAGCUGACUGCAGCUAACGCGAGCUAGCUGCCAGCACGCUAGCGUUAACCAAAAUGGAUGAUAACAAGAUGGUGGCUGGUAAAGUGAAGAAACCGGGCAAACGCGGCCGCAAACCUGCGAAGAUCGACCUGAAGGCCAAACUGGAGCGAAGCCGUCAGAGCGCGAGAGAGUGCAGAGCGAGGAAGAAGCUGAGAUACCAGUACCUGGAGGAACUGGUUUCCAGUAAGGAGAGAGCCAUCUGCGCCCUGCGGGAGGAGCUGGAGAUGUACAAGCAGUGGUGUUCGGCCAUGGAUCAGGGGAAGAUCCCCUCAGAGAUUAAAGCUCUGCUGACCGGAGACGACCAGAAAAUGCCUCAAGGUGGCAGCAGCACCAAGUCGUCCAAGAACAGCAAGAACAACAUCAGCAGCAACGGUCAGAGCUAAUCCGCUAAUCUGAACCUCCGACUGUGACGGAGGACAGAGACUGACGAAGGCUUUGGAGUGAAACCGCUGCUGUCGAUCAUCUACAAGCAACACGAACUAACCUGUAGAUGAGUUGAAGUGACUCGCAGGAACGUGCGUGAAGUUACAGGCUCCGCCUUUUUAUUUUCUACACGUCCCAGUUAUUCUAAUAUCUAAUCAUUAACAGUUUUGUUUCACAGAUACACAUGAAGCUGCAUUUAUGUACGUCAUUCCUAAAAAUUUCAUUUUGAUGUUUUCAGACCAGUUUAAGCUUAAAAAUUAAAACUUGUUGCUCAUUUCUCCCCCAGUUCAGCACGCUUUCUUCAACCAACCUUUUUAACUGUCUGUCCCGCAUCACGGGUCCGAGACCGCUUCUUUAUAUACAGUCAGUCGUAUAAUCAGUCAUGUGAUUUAUAAAGAUUUAGUUUAUAAAUCAUCACUGUCAUCUUCUUAGAGUUUUUACAAAUCCAGAAUGCCUCUGAAGGAUUUCUAAAUCGGGCAGUUUCAGCCUGAGAGAGGAGCAGGAAACAGGGACAGGCAGAGAGACAGGCAGAGAGACAGGCAGAGAGAGAGACAGAGGGAGACAGACAGACAGAGAGAGACAGACAGACAGAGAGACAGAGAGAGAGAGACAGACAGACAGAGAGACAGACAGACAGACAGACAGACAGAGAGAGACAGACAGACAGACAGAGAGAGACAGACAGACAGAGAGAGACAGAGAGACAGACAGGCAGGGAGACAGACAGAGAGAGGGAGACAGAGAGAGACAGAGACAGACAGACAGACAGGCCUGCGACAGCCACAGAUACGACACAAAAAUAAAAACAAUAAUUCAGAUCGUUUGAUUUAUUGAUUGCUGUCGCAUGUAAAGAGAAUUUCAACGAAAAUAACAAACUGCUUCUGAAAUACGUCGCCUGCCCAGCUGUUUCUAUGCAGACGACGGUUUGUAUACUUAGUAUUUAUUGUGAUUUAUGAGUCACAUGACUGACUGACUGUGUAAGAGCGCCAUGAUCUGAUGGAGGCGGACACGUAAAAACAUUUGGUGAAUGAAUCCUGUUUGAAACUGGUGUGUUGUUCAUGUUUCUGGGUUUAGUUUGCUCUGGAGAAAACGUGUUUUCUGUCUGUUGCUGCCCUUCGCGGUGUAUUUAUACGCUGUUAGAAGUAUAAAUCACAUUGUGGUUCUACAGUAGGCUAUAUUUUUUUAAAUGUGACUAACUAUGUCCAAACAGUGAGAUGGCCUUCCUGCUGUAGCGUCGACGUAAAGAGGACGAGGAAUCAAAAUGUACAGUGAUGUUGAUAAGUCUGUAUGCGGGAUACGUUUUUGUAUUUGUAUUUUCUAUAUCGGCUCAGAGGAAGCGUGAUUUGUGUUUGUGUUUUGUUCUGUUUCAGCAGAACGAGUUGGACUUCCCUCUCGUUCUCGUUGGAGGCGAAAGCUUCUGCUUUUUGAGAGUGAAAUGAUUGUGAUGAUAAAUUAUACAGAACGAUGAGCAGGUUCGCUGCCCACAGCUUCUCGUUAUUGAGUUCUGUUUACUGUUUGUUGUUCCUUACAAAUGUUGUUGCUCUUUGUAUUUUUUUUUUUUUGUCGGUGAGGUGAUUCAGUUCCUCAUGAGAAUGUGUGCACUUUCUUAAAUUUGGCAGAAGCACUUUGUUAGAUGAUACUAGUUCAAGGCUUUGCAACAAUAUGUGUCUGAACUCUUUUGUCAAAGACAAUAAAAGUGUGUUUGACUGA